AUGGUUUCCCCAAGCUUCGUCGUUGGCAUUAUGGGCAAUAUUUUUUCUGUACUAGUUUAUGCUGCUCCAGUGGGAAUGUUCAAGGAAAUUGUGAAGCACAAGACAACAGAGAACUACGACGUACUCCCAUUCGUAGCAACGCUGUUGUGCAAGAGCCUCUGGGCUUUCUACGGCGUUUUCGACAAACACAACGGCUUGCUCAUCGUCACUGUUAAUGGUAUCGGCGUCCUCUCCGAAUCCAUCUAUGUCCUUCUCUUCCUCUUCUACGCCCCCACCCCCAACAAAAGGGUUAGAAUAUUUAUUUUGGUGGGAGUUGUGAACAUAGCGUUCGUGGGUUCGGUGAUAGGUCUGGCUCUUGCAGUGUUCCAUGGAAGCCAGCGCCGAACCUUCAUGGGUUUUCUCUGCGCCACGGUUACCAUUGUCAUGUAUGCAGCUCCUCUAAAAGCCAUGGUACCAAACGCAAUCGGAAUCCUGUCGAGCACGUCCCAGAUAAUCCUUUACAUGAUUUAUAGAAACCGGGAAUCGGAGAAAACCGCGGCGGUGGACGAAGAACUCGGCGAGGUUGACACGGACGACGUCGUCAAAGAACUACGUCCCCUUGACAGAGUCGUCGACGAAGGUUUUAAUGGAGGAGCUCCGGCGAAAAACCCAGGCGUGGGCAAAACAAUUAGCCUCCCCAAGCCUCCGGAUUCGUCUCGGCUCAGCAAACAAAGGAUGAUGAUCCGAACACUUUCAAUGCCUUAA